AUGUGGUGGCCCACAAAUGAGACCGCCUCAAUGAGUGGCAUGGACUCGCCGCAGAGGCGUGAUUCUUAUCUCACCGCGUCCAGCCAGGCCUCGUCGUCACGCUCCCAUUCCCCACUCCCAAUCGAUGCCGCGGGUGGCGGCAAGCCGCGCCGUAAGCUAAGCCUGUUCCGACCACACCAUCGCGGGCGCUCGACCCCAUCCUCAACGGUGUCUGGACCCGAAGACGAAGACGACGAAUGGCUCCUUGAGGGCGGCACGAACAAUGGGCGCGUCGACCCCGAUGCGUCCAUGGGGCGCGAGGCCAGCGCCCUCUCACGCUCCAUCGACACUCUCUCUAUCGAGAGCGUACGGGCCGCCCCACGAGUUGAGAAGCGCGACGGACGCGGGAAGCGCUUGGCUAAGAAGACGUCAAGACUCUUCCACCGGGCAGCAGGUUCAAAUUCUUCCUCGAACAGCCAUAACGACGAUGCCCUUGCGCAUGCCCCUCCCUCGGCUGCGAGCAACCUGCCGAUUCCGCUGGCUGGGCGGCAGUCUUCGUUCUCGUCGUCCGCAUCGUCAAACGAGACCGGAGCUUCCCGCAAAUGGGGCAGCCUGGCCCGUGUGCACUCGCGCGAGUCGCCCAUUCAUCGCUCCUCGGGCGAGUCCUCGCAACCCUCGUCUUGGCAGUACCACUCGACCACGACGGUUAGACGCGCAUCGUCGUCGACGAAUGAAGACUCGACACACGGAAUGAACAUUCAGACCCUGCGGCCGCGUGAGAGCUCAGGCCAGCUCAGCCAGUUCAGCACCUCGGCUCCUCAAACCGCACGGCCUCUUAUGCUCCAGCCGCCUCCGAACGCCCGGUCACAGGCCGCUGGUGGACGAGGCUGGUUCUCCAAUCUGCUAGGCAGUGGCGAACAGACCGGGUCGCCGCAACAACAGGAUGUGACAGCAACCCCUCCAUCUCCUUUGCGCAAGGGCCCCGGUUUCCUUACGGGCGCAUUUGCCGCCGUUCGGAAUAAGGCUGCCAACGGUCUUAGAACGCUCGUCGACUCGGAGGCCCAGCCCGACCACUGCCAAGAGGCCAUGUGGGUCAUGGGUGUUGCGCAUCCCGGUUGGACGCCAGUUUCCGACGACCCCUUCUACAGCGACUCUCAUGCUUCGGGUGAGCUCUCGUCACCGUGGGCCGCGCGCCUAAAGGAAGGCAGCGGCACAUUGUCCACCCCGCCAACCAAACUUAGCACCAUUUUCGGCUCUAGCUUCAACAUCGCAGCGCAGGCCGAAGGUCCGUCCACCCCAUCCCCCGAUGCAGCAGCCCGGUAUCGCAAGGACAAGGCGAAGGAGAAGGACAUGCUCAAAUGGCCUGAACAAUUUUACGACGAUUUCCGCUCACGAGUGUGGUGCACGUAUCGCUCUAACUACGCGCCCAUCUUGCCGUUCCAGAAGCACACAUUGCUGCCGACACCAAGAGCGUACUACGGAGCCUUCUCAAUUUCCGAUCAUUCGCUCCCGAGUCCUCCAUCAAACUUACCGGCAGCUGGACGAGGAGGCUGGCUGCGGGGCGAGACGUAUUACACGUCAGACUCAGGAUGGGGUUGCAUGCUGCGCACAGGACAAAGCAUGUUGGCCAACGCACUCAUCCACGUCCAUCUUGGCCGCGGUUGGCGCCUGCCGCAGGAGCGGCCAAAGCUACAUCCUGAGACACCGCUCGAACUGGCCGAGCUCGAGGCGUACGCAACCCAUGUGCGCAUUCUCUCCUGGUUCCUUGACGACCCAUCGCCCCUGUGCCCAUUUAGUGUGCACCGCAUGGCGAUGAUCGGCAAGGAGCUUGGUAAGGAAGUGGGACAGUGGUUUGGCCCAAGCACAGCGGCUGGUGCGUUAAAGUCCCUCGCCAACUCGUUCCCGAUCUGCGGCCUGAGCGUCGUGUCGGCCCAAGACGGUAUCAUAUACAAGUCGGACGUGUACGCUGCAUCGAACGCAACCACGGACGGCUGGGAGCCUGUAUCUCCGCGAAAGGCCAGACCCACUUCGGUUCACCGCUCGUCAUGGGGCAACCAAGCCGUGCUCAUUCUGGUGGCCACUCGCUUGGGCCUCGACAACGUCAAUCCUGUCUACUACGAUUCAGUGAAGAGCAUGUUCACCUGGCCUCAGAGCGUUGGCAUUGCUGGCGGUCGUCCCGACUCGUCGUACUAUUUCGUGGCGUCGCAGGCCAACCACUUGUUCUAUCUCGACCCCCAUUACACUCGGCCAGCGGUUCCCCCUCGCGUCCCACCAUUGUCAGCAGCCACGAGCGAGCCGAUCCGGCGCGACUCGUGGUCGGAUCCACCUCUUGAGGAAGACGAGGACAACGAAGCCGAGGGCGCACCUCAGUCACCCACUCUCAGCUCCAAGUCUGGACAUUCUAUCCCUGUCGUCGGCGUGGUGGAUGUGGAUAGAGUCGAGGAGUCGCCUGCUCGCAUCAAGCGCUCCAGGCGCCUCACGCCUAUGCAGCAGCCGCUGAGGAUAGAUCCUCAGACGCCACCGCGGACAACCAACCCACCCUCGCCGACUACGCCAACACUCAGCGCACCUCGACACUCGGGCUCGGUGCAUGCGUCACCAGCGCCCUCGCGACAAGCUGCGCACAGCUCUAUCCCCAGCUCCGUGGCAUCGUCAUUGCGCGCCCGACUUCCUGUCGACCCACAAACGCAGUGGUAUGCCAGUGCGUACUCAGAGGACAAGCUCAGAACGUUCCACUGCGAUCGCGUCAAGAAGCUGCCCCUGUCUGGCCUCGAUCCCAGCAUGCUCCUCGGUUUCCUUGUGCAGUCUGAGGUUGAGUUUGAUGACUUCUGUGACCGUGUUGCGAAGUUGCCACAGAAGAUCUUCGCCGUGCAGGACGAGCUCCAGGCGUGGAGUGACGACGAGGAUGGCGCCCUCGAGAGCGUGUCAGAGGGCAUCUCGGGCACCGAGAUGGACUCCGACGACGAGGACCACGAAGACGUUGCCAACGUCUCGGAGGUGCUCUCGGAAGGUGGGGUUGAGAUCGACGAGUUCGGACGUGUGGGUCCCACGUCGGCACGAAGCGCGACGUUCCCGUCCCUGCCAGCGUGGACGGCGCGGGGCAGGGUAACCGGCGCCGCAGCCCUCGGCGGCGACAGCACGCCCGACGCUUCGCCAGACACGACUCUCGAUAUGUCGAUGGAGGACAGCGACGACGAGGCAGAGCGUAUCCCCACAUUGACGGCGCGGCCAUCAUUGGCGACGAUCCCACGGAAGCCGUCAUACUCGUCCGACGUACCGACCGUCAAGGGCCACAUGCGUGGUGCGUCGACGAGUGCAGUCCCGCGCCCUUCCCACUCUCGCGGUACCUCCAUGUCUGUGAAUGUCCUCGCGCACCGUCGCACGGCGUCGGCGCAACCAUCCCCACACUCGCGCACUUCCAGCAUGUCCGGCUCUGGCUCUGGUGGUUCGCGCUCUGGUUCGAGAGGUCAUUCGCGGCGCGGCUCGUCGCCUCCACUACCCUUCGGCCCGUCGCCUGUAGUCACGGCGCGGCGGCCUCCACCAAUCUCCGUGCCCGACGGCAGCAUGAUCUUACCACCCCCCAGAUCCGUCAGCUUGACCGCACCGACAAACACCAGGCGCGUUGAGUCUGUCGACACCUCGGGCAUUCCUCGCGUUUUAGACCCCGAUAACGGUGGCAGCACGGAGGAGCUCGUGGCGGUACGUCCGAGCUUGGAGUUCGGCGACGAGACGGAGACCCUCGAGACGACUGGUGCCAAGACCCCAGAUGAGGACGAGAGCCCAAUACGGUACGAGGACCGCCAAAGUCGACGGACCAGCGAGCGGGUCGAGAUUGACUCUCCUCCUGUGUCGCGUCCAGAACCUCCGUUGUCUCCUCCAGAUGCGCCAAUGUCGCUGCCCCGCUCGCAGGCGCAAAUCCUCCCGCGCUCACACACGCAGGAGACGGUCAUGCCCCGCUCAGCGACUCAGGAGACUGUCAGGCAGCUGCCUCGCGGAGCGAGCCAGCGCUUCUACGACGAGGAGUGGGAGGAGGAUGAGAGAGAUGAGGGCAGCGAUUGGGACGUCAGCCCCAGCAAGAAGGGCGCGCUCGACACCGUGCGCGAGAAGUAA